AUGUGCUCCCUGCCUUUUGAGGAUAUUUGUUAUCCUCAAACUUUAAGGUUCUCUUUGUUGGGUCAGGACUGUAGCUCAGUUGAUAGAAUACUUGCUGAACAGGUGUGCACCACCAGCCCAGUUGAGUUUUUAACAGGGGCUAUCCAGCAGCUGGGUGGACUAUGUAACAUGUGGUUUUCUAAGCAAAGAAGUUACAUUGUGUCCAGCCACAGAGAAGCAAAAGCACAGAGUGGUGGGACAAGCCCCAGAGGAUGCCCCAUCCCCGGCCCCAGCAAGGUCAGAAUGAAAGCAUUCUCUGUGGACAAGCCAAAAGGCAGCCACAUCAGGACUCCACAGAAGCCUGUAGACUUGAUAAGAAUCUUCAAAAGAAAGGAGCUCCUACAGAAAGCCAUCAGAAACCAGGGGAGCAGCAGUGGAGGUGGCAGUGGGAGCAGCAGCCUCCUGACCAACGCCCGCUCCUGAGUGAAGGUCCUGCAUGUGGAUGACAUGAUGAUACAUGUGCAGCAGCUGUCCCUCAGUUCUCUGCAUAGAAGGAAACAAGAAUGGAAGCCCAGACCAGAGGGAACACAUCCAGGAACAGAGUCAAGAACAUGGAAAGUGGCCAGACUAAAGACACCAUUCCUCAAAGUCAAAGAUGUGAGCUGGAAGUUUCGUCCUUGCCACCAUCAGUUUAAAUCCUUUCCUGAAACUUAUCUGGGACCCAGAGAUGUAAGUCCCUUUGAGGCCCCAAAACUCCUGGGCAGCUCACACCAUACCAGAGAACACAAGGACCCAGAGCCAGGCCUGCAGUCUGCUUCACACACCAUGCCAGGCAGGAAGAAGGGGUACUAUGAGUGCUGUCAAGAGGCCUUUGCAGAGAUUCAUGUGCAUCUUCAGAGUUCCCAGCACCAGAGCUUUGCCCUAGAAGACCACCCGAAUGCUGAAGUCGAUUGGAUCAUUGUCUAGCUCAGCCAUAACUUUGCAGCCAUCCCCUCUUAG